AGCGUUCAUCACAGUAUUUACCUAAUUUUGUUGAAGCUGUCCCUUGUGAGAUUUGCUGUUGGCUAACCGGCACUGUGUGUUGUGAUCCUGGCACCCAGUCAUGGACAGACACAUACCCAGAUUGGAGCUUGUCGUUAUUCUAUUGGUACUAUCAGGAUUUUUAUUGUUUAUUCUCAACAUGUUAACGGAGUCCAGUAACCAAAAAUGUAAAACUCCAAAAAGUUCAUUAAGGCAUCGUAAAAGUAAUCCACGUGAAGAGGCCAAAGAAGAGAGAUCUCUGCUCAAUUCCAUUAAAUGGCCUGGUCCCUGGGUGCAAGGUCUGUCUGUGGAGCUCAGCAGCGACCCUACCAAGAGCUACUUUGUGAUUCAGGGCUCAUCAAAACAACACAGAGGUGGUCAGCUUCUGGUCAAUGUUCAUAUGCAGAACUUCUUGGGACUGCCUAAGGGUCAUGGUGGAGAUUUUCUGAUAGCCCGGCUGCAUUCGCCCAACCUGGGAGCUGGAGUUGCAUGGAAGGUGCACGACCACCAUGAUGGCACCUAUACAGUGCUAUUUCCACUGUUGUGGGCUGGUGUAGCGUGGGUGGAAAUCACCAUGGUGCACCCGAGUGAGGCAGUGGCAGUGCUCAAAAGGUUGCAGAAGGAGCAACCAGACAGAGUGUUUUUUAAAAGCCUAUUCAGAUCUGGUGACCUCGCAGAGAUCACUGUGUGCAACCUGUGCCUGCCACUCAACUACAAACCACUCUGCAACUACACUGACCCUUUAACUGGAGAGCCCUGGUACUGCUACAAACCAGAAAUGCUAGGCUGUGACACACGAAUAAAUCAUUAUAAAGGGGGCUACAAGAAGAACCUUAUUACUGAAUAUGAAGCACAGUUCUUCCAGAGUGAUGUAAAUAUCAAAAUUCCUAUACCUGCAUCAGCGAUGGGCAAAGUGACCGUGUUACCCAGAGAAAAAGGAGAAGCCAAUGUAAAAAAUAACAACAUUUCUGCUGGCUACUACUUUCAUGGUACCUGGAGGCCUUUGAAUGGUGCAGUCAUCCAGCAGUUUAAGGACUCAUCAGCCAUAACACGUUGUCUUAGAGGGAAGGCUCUCUACAUGUUUGGAGAUUCCACUGUGCGGCAAUGGUUUGAGUACCUCUCUGCUCUUCCUAACCUUAAACUUUUACAGUUAACCCUUUACAGUUCUUACAAAAUGGGGCCAUACAUGGCAGUGGACAGCAGGAACAACAUUCGGGUAAGCUAUCGCUGCCAUGGUCCGCCCAUCCGCUUUUCCACAGUGCUUUCCUCUGAGCUGCGCUAUGUAGCUAACGAGCUAGACAAGAUCCAGGGUGGGCCGGACACAGUGGUACUCGUGAGCAUGUGGUCUCACUUCAGCACCUUCCCUGAUGAAAUAUAUAUAAGGCGCCUCCGACAUAUCCGCAGGACCGUGGUACGGCUGCUGAACCGUGAGCCAGCUACGUUGGUGGUGAUCCGAACUGCCAACCUGCAAAAGCUUGGCCCAGGGAGCAGCCUGUUCAACAGUGACUGGUUCUCUCUGCAGAAGGAUGCUCUGCUGCGUGUCAUGUUCAGAGGACUCCAUGUGCAGCUGCUAGAUGCCUGGGAGAUGACGCUGGCCCACCACCUCCCACAUGACUUACACCCACCCCAUGCCAUUAUCAGAAAUAUGAUGGACAUGAUCCUCUCCCGUAUCUGUCCAUCUGAGGAAAUAUACAUAUUCUGUGUAUUUGACCCCCUUUCCAACAACGGCUAUAUGAUGUUGAGAUCCAUCUUUUCACACUGAGGACAACUGAGGGACUCGUACGCGACUAUUACAAAAGGUGCAGACGUUAACUGAUGCUCAAGAAGGCAACACAAUACAUUAAGAGCUGAGGGGUGUAAAGUUUUGAAGAGGAUGAUUAGUGUAAAUUGUUAAUAUUUUGUCUUUUGGGAGACAUGUAACUAUCUUAUUUAGUGUCUGAAGGGCAGUACUAAAUGGAAAAAAAGAUCUUUAAACAAAAUAAUAACAAUUUCCACUGAUCAUCCAGUGGGACUAAGAAGGUGAUGUGAAACAGGUAAGGUAAUCAUAGUAUAUAAGGAGCCUCCAAAAAGGCCUAGUUCUUCAAGAUCAAGGAUGGGUUGAUGCUCACCAAUCUGCCAACAGUUGAGUCAGCGAAUAAUCCAGCACUUUGAGAACAACAUUCUCCAAAGACAAAUCAGUAGGAUUUUGGGCGUUUCACCUUCUACAGUGCACAAUAUAAUUAAAACCCAUGUCACACUUCUCUUCAUCUCCCUCCACUGGCUUCCUGUAGCUGCCCGCAUCAAAUUCAAGGCCUUGAUGCUCACCUACAAGACCUUGUCUGGAACAGCACCCUCCUACCUCAACUCUCUCCUGAAGGAUUUUGUUCCCUCAUGCAAUCUGUGAUCAAUCAAUGACCGACGCUUAGUAGUACCUACUCAGCGCGGCUCAAGGUCCCUUUCAAGAACAUUCAAACUAACUGUUCCUCAGUGGUGGAAUGAACUUCCAACCUCAAUCCGGACCGCAGAAUCUCUCACCAUCUUCAAAAAACAGCUAAAGACCCACCUCUUCUACACGUCCCUGCCUCGCAACACUCACCUAUGCUAGUCAAACAACUAACCAAGUUUCCAAA